AUGGCUCGUCACCUGCAGCUCGGAGCCUGGGGAUCGGGGCUCAGACUCCGCUUCAGGGAGGCGCUCCCAGUUGGGGACGAACAGAUACUGGUCCCACCCCUGCAGGAAGGCGACAGUUCAGGCAAUAGGAUCCGAAAGCGCAAAGGUCAGGCACCCCUUGUGGGCCUGGGGACCCCUGACCAGAGCCCUCUCCCUGGAGGACCCCAGCAGAGGCACAAGCGCCACAGGACAGAGCAGGCCCUCGAGGGGCGGUUUAUUUCCCAGGAACAGCAGGAAACCACAGAGUUCCUGAGGCCGCUGUCGUUCACGGACGUGUGUGUGCACUUCACCUGGGAGGAGAUGCAGCUGCUGGGCCCCGCUCAGAAGCACCUGUACAAGAGCGUGAUGUUGGAGAACUACAGCAACCUGGUGUCUGUGCUGCCGCCUGGUAAGUGCUGCCGCCCUGAGCGGAAUGUCUUGGUCGCUGAAAGCUGGGAAGGUAUCAACACUCCAAACCUGACAUCAUCCUCCAGCUGGAACAAGAAGAGCUGCGCACGAUGCAGGGCCGAAUUCACAAAGUAUGGGAGUUUGAUUAUCACACGGAAUGGUAUCAGGAAAAUCAACGCAAGCUGGGAAAUACGACAAAAUACUAUGACUGUGCUGCCUUUGGGAAACUAUGUCUUCUUACUACAAAUUGUGGUUUUUUUAAGACAAAAUCUUUAUAAAUUUGGCACACAUGGGAAGAGUUUGAAAUAUAAUAUAGACUUCAGUAUUAAUUAUGGUGGAAAGAAUCCUAAUGGGUUUUAUGCACAAAGGGAAUCAACCCUUCAUUCGGAACAUGAACAAACUCUUUUUUGAAUAAAAUACUGUGAAAGUAAUGAACCUGGAAUAUUUGUCAA